GGUAGCUAUGCGUAAAGACCUGACCGCCACUCGUGAAGAGGUGUCCGCCCUUCGUGAAGAGAUGGCCGCCCUUCGUGAAGUGGUGGCCCCCCUUCGUGAAAAAGUGACCAUUCUGAGUGAGGUAGUGGCGAAGGACAAUUCAGACACGAAGAAGCUCAAGGGGGAGAACGCCGCACUUCACGGUGCGGUGGUCCGCCUGGAGCAGGCAGUUAUCGAAGAGCGCACCACUCGCCAGACCGUGGUGGAGGAGCUGCGGCAGGAGGUCCGCCGGCGAGCGGCGCCAUCCGGCCGUCCCCAGGGUAAAAUUACAAAAGCGUUUCAUGACGUCACGGUACAGACGGAGCCGCAGCCACCGGCAGACAGUGAUACCACAGUGCUGAGAGAGGCGCUAAGGACCGUGACGACGUUCGACGCUCCGUCAGACCUUGGCGAGGACCAGCUGACGGCGCUCCUGCAGAGUCUUCCUCGCUUGGAGGAGCUGACCGUCAGGGUGCCGUCCUUCGGAACGGGGCGGUGGCUGCGGCUGCUGCCGACGUCACUGAGGACGCUAUACGUUGCCGGGCCGGAGGUGACGGAGCCGAGGUGGCCGGAACGGUAG